AUGUUAACUUUGAAAAAUCAUAAUCAAUCAAUCCGUAGAAUAGAACAACAACAAGAGGCAGAUAAAGCCAGAAAAUGGCGUAAACAAAAUCGCCGAUACAACAAUAAUAACAAUAACAGAUACAAUGGUAGCCCUAACAAUGGCAGCAGGAAUAGGAAUAAUUUCAACAAUCGUAGAAAUAACAACAACAACAAUAAUAGGAAUAAUCACAACAUCCGUAACAACAACAACAACAACGACAACAACAAUAGCAACCGUAAUAACAACAGUAACAACAAUCGUAACAAUAACAACAACAAUAUCAACAAUAACAGUAUCAACAACAACAACAACAACAACAACAGGAGCAAUCACAAUAACCGUAACAAUAACAACAACAACCACAGAAACAACAAUCGAAACAACCCCAUCAAUAGCAGAAAUAACAUCAAUAUCAGAGGUAUACUUGGAAACAUGGCUAGCGGUCAACACAGAAACAUCCAACUUCUAACGGACAGAUUGCUUCUGGCGGCAGCGAAGUAUCAAUUCUCUGGGCUACCGGCUAGCUAUCGACUAAUACAAUUUGAAAGAGGGGAAAUUCUCAACCAAUACAUGGCACCAAACGUACCACAUUGCGUUCAAGCGCACUCGUCCUGCUGCAUGACUUAG